UCAGUCAGUCCAGUGAAUCGGUGAUGUCUUGUCAGUUAUCACUUGUGUUAAAUGAUUUUGAAAAUUGAGCCAAAAGUUUUUAGCAAUAUACAAACCUUAAAUUCUGUUUUAAAUUGAUACUGUAGCGCCCUGCUGCUGUAACCAAGUAUUAAAGAUCUUCCUAUAUUAGUUCCGGAAAAUAAAAUGUCAUCUAAUCGUUCAAAAUCAUCAAUUCUUGACAAGCCUCUGAGUAAAGGAAAAGGCGAAGUCUCCUUAGCUAUUUACGCUCUGCUGUUUUCAGAAAUAGUACAGUAUAGUCAAAAUCGUUCGCAUUCCAUACAGGAAUUACAGACUAAACUCUCUGAAAUGGGACAAGAUGUUGGUAGCAGAUUGUUAGAUUUAUACUUUGUUAGAGAAAGAAAUAGUAAAAGAGAAAUUAAACUUCUUAACAUGCUAUUAUUUGUUAAAUCAACUUUGUGGAAGGUAUUAUUUGGUAAAGAAGCAGAUAAGUUAGAGCAUGCAAAUGAUGAUGAAAGGACUUACUAUAUCAUUGAAAAGGAUGCUCUGGUAAAUAAAUUUAUAAGUGUACCUAAAGACAAAGGAUCCCUUAACUGUGCAUCUUUCAACGCUGGAAUAAUUGAAGCAGUUUUAACUAGAAGUGGCUUUGCUGCAAAAGUGACUGCUCAUUGGCAUAAAGGCACGACAUACAUGGUUAAAUUUGAUGAUGCUGUGAUCUUGAGGGACAAGUCAUUGGAUGACCGUUAAAUUCAUUUUUUUUUCAAAAUAAUUCAGUUUUUGAUUUGUAUUUCAACAAAAAAUACUAAUAUAAAAAAAAAUUGACAUUACUUAAUGGGUCAUCAUAGUUGGAACUCAGUUCCAUUAAUGAAGAUAAUAUGUAUUAUAUUUUGCAAUACAUAUAAUUAGUUACUAUUUCUUAAGAUAUUCAAAAUAUAAGAAAAUUACAUUACAAAUCCAACAAAAUAUAUUUUAUUCUGUACCAAUAUUUACAUUUCUAGUACAAAAUUUAAGUUGGAGUUUUUUAAUCUGAUACAUAUGUAAAGAUAAACAUAGAAAAUAGCUUUUGUAGCAUAUCCUACUGUUUCCACAAAUGCUUUUAGUUUAAAUGAAGAUGAAAUAUUGAUGUGUAUGAUCAACGCUGUAAAUAAGUUGUCUUUACAUGUUGAACGCCCAUUCAUGGGACAAUAUAAUAUAGUUCUACUGUUGA